CCACGGGAAUCCAACAGCUAAACGAGAAAGGAAAAACGGUAACUUUUCAGAAACCGAACAAGCUAUGUUCUUCAGAGAUGUCAUUUGCCACGAUUGGUAGAAGAUUACACAGAAUCCAAACCCAUCUCCAAUUCUUGUUCCCACUUGUUCUACUCCACCCACACUCAACCUCUGCUUCUCUUCUUACACAUUCUUCUCAUCAUUGUCUCUUUCAAGCAUUUCAUCAAACACUUUCCACUCAUCAAAACUCUCCUCUGCAAGUCCACCAUUUCUCCACUCUUCAACAACAUUCAUCCCGAUUUCUCGGCGGCCCAUUUGAGUUCAACCCGGAAAGAUUUCAGAUUCAUGAUGAGCUCCAAGACCCUGGUCUUCUCCGGCUUCUUAAACUACUCGAACAGGUUGCUCCGCUUCCCACGGAAGCAGAAGCCAUGGCUUCUCUUGAUGAAUCGGGUAUUGAGUCUAGUGUAGAUAUGGUUCGUUCGGCUAUCUGGGUUUUGAGGAAAGAGUGUAAAUUGGCUCUUUUGGCUUUCAAAUGGGGUGAUAGAUGGGGUUGUUGUGAUGAAGAAGCUUGGAAUUUGAUGAUAUGGGUAUUGGGUAAUCAUCGAAAGUUUAAUACUGCUUGGUGUUUGAUUAGAGACCUGCAUCGAUCUUCAAUGGAUACGAGGCGAGCAAUGCUUAUCAUGAUUGAUAGGUAUGCAUUUGCAAAUGAUCCAGACAAAGCCAUAUGGACCUUUCAUAUCAUGGAGAAGUUCAGAUUGAGUCCUGACCAAGAAGCAUUCUACAUGGCCUUAAAUUCUCUUUGCAAACAUGAAUUUAUUGAAGAGGCUGAAGAAUUUAUGCACGGAAACAAGAAGCUCUUCCCUCUACAAACUGAGGGGUUUAACAUUAUUCUUAAUGGGUGGUGUAAUGUAUCAGUUGAUGUAUUUGAGGCCAAAAGAAUUUGGAGAGAAAUGUCCAAAUUCUGUCUUACACCGGAUGAAAUGUCUUAUACACACAUGAUUGCCUGUUUCUCUAAAGUUGGGAAUCUUUUCGAUUCGCUUAGACUGUACGAUGAAAUGAAGAAAAAUGGUUGGUCUCCAAGUGUCAAGGUUUACAAUUCUUUGGUUUCUGUACUAACUCAAGAAAAUUGCUUGAAGGAAGCUCUUAAGUUGCUGGAGAAGAUGACAGAGUUGGGUUUGCAGCCAGACUCCACCACCUAUAACUCAAUAAUUCGUCCUUUGUGUAAAGCAAGAAAGCUAGAGGAGGCUCAAAUUAUGUUAGCCACUAUGAUAGGAGAGAACAUUAGUCCAACCAUAGACACCUACCAUGCAUUUCUUGAGAGUGCAGAUUUUUCGGAAACUCAUGGAAUUCUUAGUCGGAUGAGGAAAGCUAAGUUAGGCCCUAAUAAUGAAACCUUUCUUAUGCUUCUUGAAAAGUUCUUCAAGUUGGAGCAGUCUGAGAAUGCAAUAAAGAUUUGGGAACAAAUGAAGGAUUAUGAAGUUGUGCCAGAUUCUACACAUUACACGGUUAUGGUACAAGAACUGGCAAAAUGUGGGUUGUUAAUCAAGGGUAAAGAGUUUUUGGCUGCAAUGAGAUCACAUGGGUUUUUGGUGGAUCCAAAGCUUAAGAAGCUGUUGAAGGAGCCAGAUAGUGAAAGUAGUAGUGACCAAACAAAAAGGCUGUUUACACAGUUAAAGGGAGGAAAAAGGGUUAAUCAUAGGAAAGGUAAAUGAUAUGUGGAGGCUAACAACAAACAUUCAAUAAAGAAGAAAGCAUUUUAAAGUUCUCUUGGCUUGCACUCACUGCUGAAUAAGCUUGCUAAUGCUGUAGUUUAUUAUUAAACGAUGUUCGCCUGACAUUGCGAUUUCGUCAGUCAUUGAAAGUUGAAACACUAUGUAAAACAUUCCAUAUAAGAAUACUUGUGUACCUUUAGAAAUGGUUUGCACAAGCACAAUUCUCAAUAUACAAACGACAGAGUAUUGCUUCACUUGUAUGCUUUUCAAUAUGAUUAACUUGUGAUUUUUCUAGUAAGUGACCCUCAA